CAGUUUUACACAUCAUUUGUCCAUCCAAUAAUCCAAAGGGGACCCAAACAUUUAUGGUAAUAAUUCGACUAAUCCUUAUGGCUAUGAUUGAAACACUAUACUAUGUAUAUAUCUUAUAAACAGAAUAUAUACUGAGGUAAUAUGAAAUAUAUUAACGGGUUCUCUAACUCUAUACAUAAAUAAUCAAUACCUAUCUAUCUAUCUUGUUGCUUAGGUUCUUAUAUUAUAUGAUCACAUUAGUGAUCAUCAAUGGCAUUUUGGGACCUGUUUUUGGUGGCAUUAGUGCCUGUUCUGGAGACACUAUUGAUCACUCUUCUUGGUUUGUUCAUUGCUACCGAACGUUUUAAUCUCUUGAGAGACAUUGAUGCAAGAAAUUAUCUCAACAACAUAGUUUAUUACAUUUUCACUCCGGCACUUAUCGCAGCCCAAUUGGCCGAAACAAUAACGUAUGAUCGAUUGGUUGAAAUGUGGUUCAUGUUUGUGAAUAUCUUCUUAACGUUCGUGGUUGGAUCCGUGUUGGGUUGGAUGCUUAACAAAAUUGCAAGAACUCCUCAACAUCUUCGUGGCCUCGUCAAUGGUUGUUGCACUGCUGGAAAUUUGGGAAAUUUGGUUCUUAUAAUUGUGCCGGCGGUUUGUGAUGAGAGUGAUAGCCCAUUUGGUGAUUCAUCCACUUGUGAAACAUAUGGUGACGCUUAUGCAUCUGUCUCUGCUGGAGUGUCUUCACUUUUUAUUUGGACAUAUUUGUAUAUCAUCAUGGGGGCAAAUAUGGAAAGGAACACUGAAAUUAUGAACACUUGUAGUGAUUACUCAACCAUUACAGAAUCAUUGAUUAUUCCUUCAACAAACAUAGUCAGCUCUGAUAACAUUUCAAUUCAAUAUGAUGAGUCAAUUUGUAAUAACAGAAUUGGGAACAAGAUGUCAUUCUUGGAUUAUAUUACAUGGCCAAUUACAAAAUGUAAUAAAUAUAUCAAGCUGGAGAUGGUGUUUACGCCAUCAACAAUUGCAGUGAUUAUAGGAUUUAUCAUUGGAGCAGUCUCUCCAAUUCAAAAGCUCAUGGUUGGUGAUGAUGCUCCUCUUCGUGCUAUUAUCAAAUCUAUAGCUUUGGUAGGGGAGGGAACAAUUGUGUCCAUGACUUUGAUAGUGGGAGCAAAUCUUCUUGAUGGUUUAAAGCAAUCAGGAAUAAGCUGGUAUCUAAUAAUAGGGAUUAUGGUAGUGCGGUUCAUAUUAUCACCAUUAUUGGGUGUUUUGAUUGUUAAGGCUGCAUAUUAUUGGGGAUUGGUUGGAUCAUACAAUUUAUAUCAGUUUGUUCUUAUGCUUCAAUAUGCACUUCCUCCUGCAACUUCUGUAGGAACAAUUGCUCAGUUGCUUGGGGUUGCUGAAAGUGAAUGUUCCUUAAUAAUGCUAUGGACCUAUGCAGUUUCUACAUUUACUCUCACUCUUUGGUGCACUUUCUUCAUGUGGAUGCUCGACUGACUCUUUUUCAAGCAUUAUUCAAAUAAUAUAUAUUUUAAUUGUUUCAAGAUAGAAAAGAAAAAA